AAUGUCGUAAAAAGUUGUGGUAUAGUAUGUUGACAAUAUCAGAAAGAACAACAUAGUUUAGUAUAGUUUAAAACAUCAAAUAAAUAACAAAGUAUAUUAUAUAAAAAAUAUCAGAAGAAAACACAGUAUACUAUGUCGAACAUGUUGAAAAAACAAAAUGGCUCGGUAUGUUGAAAAAUGUCGCGCUAAAGUGUCCAAAAAAUUACCAGAAAUAACAAGAAUUCAUAGUAUAGUUUAAGAAAAAUAUCAGAAAAAACAAUGUAGCAUAGUAUAUCAAGUAUAUAUUUUUUAAAAUAGAAUACACCAGUAGAGUUUAUCAAAAUUAUCAGAACAAAAUCAAUGUAGUAUAUUAUUUCAGAAUAUGAAAAAAAAACUACAAGUAUGUUGAAUUUAUCAUAUCAGUUAUUUUGUUGUAUAUUUUGCUAUUUGACCGUGACAGUAAGUUUAGUAGUGAAGUGUCCUAUAAAUUAGUCAAGGAAUAGGCCUACGUAUAAUGAUCUUGAAUAAGUGCUAAUGCUGUUGUUGCUGCUCAUGGAGGAUUCAGAGUGUUAGCUUGUGUUCUAUUAGAUUAAUAGCAUCAUUGCAUCAAAUACAUAUUUUAUAUGGAAAGUCAAAGAGAGUGGCCCCCAUGAAUAAAGCACUACUAUCUGUCUUUCCGUUUGCAAUGCUUUUAGAGUGGCCCCUCUCUUGGGCCCCGUCAAUGUUUGAGUGCUUGUUGACAUUUAGCAUCUGCAUUAGCCAAAUGCUAUAUGACAGACAGCUUUGUCUCACCUCCAUAGUGUGCACACAUUGGAAGCAUGCACAUUGUGUCAGUGUGGUUUGGUCCUCUGCUAUCCUGCUGUGAUUUAACACCCUGUUGUCUCUGCCUGGCCAGGUUUGACUACUGCAGGUUCAUAGAGCUAGACUACGUUCCUAUGGAGACAGACUAUAUGGUCUCAAUGCGCCAGACAAAAAGCCUUGCAUCGUCCAACUCACCGACUAACAAGUCUCCUGAUUGCCACAGCCGUGCAACAAACUCUCCCUCAACCCCCCGCUCUCGGCGGACACCGGCAGCGCCUAGCAAUAGAGAUCCCUAUGGCAACACCCCCCUCAGCAGCAGCAGCAACUCAGGCUCUUGUAAAGGCAGUGAGUGCAGCCCCACCAAAGGUCGUCACCAGAAAUACACGUCAUGUACGGACAACCAUGGCAUCCGGCCCCCUCCACCAGAGCAGUACCUCACACCGCUGCAGCAGAAAGAGGUGUGUAUCAGACACCUGCGGGCCAGGCUAAAGGAGACCAUCAACACUCUUCAAGACAGGUGA